AUGAGACAGGAAUGGGUUGACAGAAAUUUAGAUCCUGCGAUAAGAAUUCCUUGUGAUAUUGUUCUAUACGCCGGAGGAAUUGGAUUUUACAUUGUAUUCCACUACAUUAUAAAAAGAAUCAUUUCAGAGCUGCUUAUACGUGCACUUGCCAGAGUGGAUAAUAAAAAUAUUGACAGAAGGAAAUUCACACGGGCACUGUGGAAAGUCUUCUGCUUUGGUAUUCUUAGCAUGUGUGGUGCAUACUGUUUAUUCGACCAGGACUGGAUAUUCUCCCCAUUUGGAAUUACUCUGCAGUGGGAUAAUAAUGCAACACCAUCGAAGAUAAACCUUUACUAUAUGCUUGCAAUGGUUUACUACAGUGGGAGUUUUAUCACAAUGUUCUUUGAAGAGAAACAGUCGGACUUUUACUUAAUGAUAUAUCAUCAUUUUGUUACACUGGUCUUAGUGUGCUUUUCUUAUAGGUAUAACUUCCUGCGGUACGGUGCAUUCAUUAUGUUCCUACAUGAUGUAUCUGAUCCAUGGAUGGACUCAGCUAAAAUAGCAGUUUAUUUAGGGUACCAGAAGCUGGGGAACAUUCUAUUUAUUAUUUUCGCAGGACUAUUUAUCAUUCCGCGUAUAUUCAUUUAUUCAACUAUGAUACUUAUCCCUGGGUACGGAUUCCUUUGGGAGUUUAACAGUAUGUACUUAGUCCCCAUUUGGAUUCUUCUUCUGGGUGUAUUCUUACUAAACGCGUACUGGUCUGUUUUGAUUAUUAGAAUGGCCUUUGACUUCAUUAAACAAGGAAACGUAACAAAAGACAUCAGAGACGCAUCUAACUCAAAAUCAAAAGAGACAUCUAAGAAUAAAAAGGAAAUACGAGGAAGUCAAAAAGAAACCAGAAAGGCUCAAUAAUUCAAAUAUGAAAAGUCUCCACAGUCCAUUUACUAGUAAAUGCGGAGUGAAGGGUUUUUAACAAAAGAAAUAAACA